AUUUCCAUUCAUUCGUCCGACCAGAGAGGACAUACACACUACACACUCUAGCAUAACUACCAUAACGCGGUUCGGCGUUCGUCGUUUAACUGUCCUUUAACGCAAAAGUACGAGUUCGUGACGUUUGACUGCCAUCAAAACAUUGGCAGAACGAGAGAGAGAGAGAGAGCAAGAACAUCGGUGCAUUUAAAGUGAAGUGGGUGUUUGUGUGCAUCGGAAGCAAAGUGCAUUCUUCAAGAAUUGUGCAAGUGCAAGUGCAAAAAGCAGAAAAAACGAGCUCAAAGAGAGACUUCUCAGUGAAAGUGCCUUAGUGCAAACAACAAAACCACAACACACACAGAUAUACAAAAUGGAUUACGCAAACAUGGUGUCAGAGUCGGCCGGUAUUAACGGCAAACUGCAGGCGUCGCUCGAACCACUGUCCCGCACCUACCAGUACCGGAAGGUGAUGAAGCCGAUGCUGGAGCGGAAGCGGCGCGCCCGCAUCAACCGCUGCCUCGACGAGCUGAAGGAGCUGAUGGUGUCCGCGCUGCAGUCGGAGGGCGAAAACGUGGCCAAGCUGGAGAAGGCCGACAUCCUCGAGCUGACCGUGCGCCACCUACACAAGCUCCGCCGGCAGCAGCGGCUGGCCGCGAACCCGGUGCUCGAUGCGGACCGCUUCCGGGCCGGAUUCACCCAUGCCGCCAACGAGGUGUCGCGCUGUCUCGCCUCCACGCCCGGCGUCGACAUCAAGCUCGGCACGAAGCUGAUGACCCACCUCGGCCACCGGCUGAACGAUCUCGACAAAGUGUCCCCCCUGUCCGUGCACGUAGAGUCCAGCGGCAGCGGCAGCAGCAGCACCGGCAACAGUGGCAGCUCCCGCAGCCCAUCGCCUCCGAUCUCACCGUUCUCGGCCGCAUCGUCCUCGUCCGGCGAUGUCCCCAUGUACCAGAUGCCGCUGACCCCGCAGUCGUACCGCAGCGAGGAGUCGGGCCUGCUGGCACCCUCCACCACGCCGUCGCCGAACCCGAGCGAGUGCGACGACCACCACCACCACCACACCGGCGGUCUGCUCAAGAUCCAACAGUCCGGCGAAUCCGUCUGGCGGCCGUGGUAAAGCUCCCUCUACCCGGGCCACGCCAUCCAAACAAAACAAAACGAAAAGAAACCAAAUCUCUUCGAAUCCAUCGAUCUCACCACCCGGCACCCGGCAGUUGGAUAUUGUGCAACGACGACGACGACCGCGUUGUGGCACCGCGUUGGGGGAAAACAAACAGCAAAGGAACGGUUUGCAGCUUUAAAUAGUGUUUAGGAAGUUUAGUAGUGUAUUAAGCGUAUUAGUAGUCGAGUGAGAAGCCACCCGAUAAGGUUGUUCUUGUUGUAGUUGAAUUUGUUGCGAAGAACAAUAUUCAUUGUGAUAUUACUGUGUACACUGAGGAAUGCCAGCUCAAAGGAAACGUAACACGAAGCGCAGGAGAGUAAAAGUGGCGGAGGAAGCGAGAGAGAGAGAGAGAAAGAGAGACAGUGAGCUGGCUUCCCGCUUUUUUUUUCUUGUUUAGAUCUAUGCAUUUACAAAGCCCCAGUUUAGCAUUUAGAAAGCAAAGACUUGAAACGGAAGGAAAAGGGAUAGGAACAAACAGGAGCAGGAUGUACGACUUUUUCUUUAACUAUUUUUUGUGUUAGGAUUGUGAAGGAAAGGAGAAAAAAUUGCAAAGAUUUCCAUGAUGCAAUUGCUGUGAUUUCAAAAGGAAACAAAUCAAAAGGCCCAGUUAGGCGAUCGCAGCUACACGAGUUGGGACAGUGGAAGAAUGAUCAAUCUUAAAAAAAAAAGAUGUUGAAGAAAAAAAAAUACAUUGCUCAAACAAUGAUUCUUACAAAACAUAA